UAAAGUUAUAAUCCUCUAUAAUUGGUUGCACGUGCUACAUGUGAUACAUCUGCAUCGUUGACGAAUUAUAAUUCGAUGUGUGCGAAGAGAAAAGCAACGCGUGCUGGCUGCGAAGGAAAGGAAAAAAUCAACAAGAAGGAAGAGCAAUGGCGACAUUGGAUCGUAAAAUACCCAGUGCGGAUACGUUCCAGUGCAAACCGUGGUCUGCUUACACCGAUACAGCUGUAUCACACUGUUCUGACAUCCCAAUAUUAGAACAUACGGAAAGAUUUCGAUAAGUAGUGAAGCAAUUAAAGUAGGAAAGAGGAUAUGCACUUGUUUGGACAGUAUACGGCACAUGAUGAUUCCUGUCUUGUUUCAUGCAAUCAAGUUGUCAAACCCCAUGGCUUCCAGACACAUUGUGGCUGGGGAGUACUUGCGCACUGAGUAGAGAGGACAGCUCCAUCUCUGCCCCCAGAGCCAUGCACAGCAAGAACCAGAGGAGGCAGGGGUCCCCCGUGGUCCCGAUGAGGGACAGAGCCCCGCUGGCUCACGGCUCCGGCAGCCCGUCCCAGCCGAAGCCCUUCAGAGCGCCCAGAGACGGCAGGGCGCCGCACACGGUCUACCCACCGAAAGGGGCCCGAGGCCGGCCGUGUGUGUCUGUUCCUGUGGUCAGUCUGGAGAAGAUGCCCUGUCUGGGGAGGAACGACGGGGCCCACGUCCGACUCAACUGCACGUCCACCACGUCAUCUUCCUCGUCCUCAUCCUCGUCCUCUGCUGCCGCCGUGCUCAAGCCCUCUCGCAAGCCCCCAGACCGGGUUCCUAACGGCAGAAUACCCAGCGGCCCCCCCUCCGCCCCCGACAGACGACCCAGCGCCUCUCCUUCCGCGCUGGACCGGCGGCCGGCCUCCUCCCCUGGCCCCUCCCCCUCCUCUCUAGACAGACGGCCCAGUGCCCCGCCCACUCCGCUGGACAAAAAGCACCAAAAUGGCACCAAGGGCAGCAAGCCGUGUAAGAGGAUGUCAGCCAGGGUAUUUGAUCCCAACAAGCACUGCGGAGUCCUGGACCCUGAGAGCAAGCGGCCCUGCACGCGCUCUCUGACCUGCAAGACUCACUCUCUCACCCAUCGGCGGGCGGUGCCAGGGCGGAAGAAGCUGUUUGAUUCGCUGCUGGCGGAGCACAAGGGGCGAGUAAAGGAGAAGGAGAAGGAGAAGGAGAAGGAGAAGGAGAAGGAGGCGCAGUCCGCCCGCGAGCAGCAGCGGGGCCGUGAUCCCGGUCACGGCCUCCCUGCCCAGUCACAUGACCCCCCGUGCGGCCCACCCACAAACGGCAAGACUCCGUCUCCAUCGAAGGCCAGGCCUGUCUGCGCAUACGUGCCCAGGACUCCUGGCAGCAGGGGCGGGGUCAGUCAGAACUGCUGCCCCGGCCCGGCCCCCGACGCGGGGCCCCUCGGCCUCGGAGCGGAGGGGGGUGGCCGGCCGUCCAGCGAGGAGGACGAGGGCGCGGUCCCAGACGAAUCGGAGAGGCCGGACUGCCACUGCUCGCCGCGCCACCCUCGGCCCGUGGGGUGCUGCUCUUUUGGCAGUCGGCUGAUGGGGCGGGGCCACUACGUCUUCGACAGGCGGUGGGACCGAACGCGUCUAGCGCUGCACCGCAUGGUGGAGAGGCACGUCAACUCUCUGAUGUGGCGGAAGAUCCCGCAGGCCGAUGAGAGCCCCACCCCCUCUCCGGGGGCGAUUCCAGCUGCGCAGGCCUUCCUGAGCCCCUCCUCCGGCGGCUCAUUCGGCAUUGGCCUGCCCCUGCUGUCCCCGCCUGCGGCCUUCGUCAACCAAUCAGAGGGCGUCUCCAUGGUGUCCUACUCUGCCACGUUCCCCCCCGGUGGCGGGGGUGUGUUCAGCAUCGUGGACUCCUCCUCCAUCGUGGCUCCGUUCCCCGCCCUCUCUGCCAUGUCGUCCCGGGGCUCCAGGCCCCGUGCUAAAUCCAGCAGGCCCCCGAAGGCGCCCCCGCCCACCUCCGGGGCGCUGGGCGUGGCGGGAGGCGGGGCAGCGGGCGGGGCAGAAGGCGGAGCUGUCGGAGGGAAGAAGAAGAAGCCCCCGCUCUCCUACGUGGCCCCCCACAGGAGGAACAGUGUGGCCGCCGUGCCCCCCCUCAACCCCCACCCCGCCCGCCCCGCCUUCUGCAGCAACGGGGUGCCCCCCCUCAGUGCCAAAACCGAGCCUUCCCCGCACGACACAGACUUCACCGUGCCACGCCCCCUCUCCGGGGACCACGCCCUGUCGGUCCACAGCCCCCUCCCCUUCUCCGCGGCCUACGGGAGGAAGCGGAAGAGCUGCGGUCCCGGCGCCAGCAUCAGCAAGACCGCCAAAACAUCAGGGCUGAGCAGCAUCUUCAGGAAGGGCUUGUUGGAGCCCCCCCACGCCUCCCUCCCCCGGCAGGUAAACCCUAAUCUCGCCUGGAGCUCCUGAGUCCCGAGUCCCGUACUAGUCACCUUAUCAGUACCCAGCGAUCGCAGCACAGCCUGGCUCAGGGCUACGGCAGCGCUAGUGGAUUUGCGCGGAGAGGGCGGCAUAAUAAACGCACACAUUCGCCCACCAAGUAUUUGCGCUUGCAUCGGCAUCUGGAUGAAUCUCCUUGGUGGCCCGUUGUAGUGAAUCCGAACGUUCAUCAGCUGUCAUAUUUCUCUCAGCGUAGCUGUAGUAGCUGAUCUUUCCCCUGCUGGUCUCAGUUUGAAGUGGCUCGGCGAGUGCGAGCUGCAGCUUUUUGUGUUGUUUCGCUACACAUGUUUUGGAGGAGGAAAAAGGGAUUCAGUUUGAUCCAGCAUUGUCUCUGGAGUUCAAAGCUGAUUUGUUCCGGCGGGACAUGAAAGGGGCUCAUUGUUUCGGGGCCCCCGAAUGUUUCUCUGGGUGGGCGGCGGCCCGCAUCCACGGCUCUUUGUUGUUCCAGCCCGCGGUCCAUCGCUGACGGCACCUCGCGAGAGACGCGGAAUGCCUGAGCGGCGCGGCGAGGACGGGCCACGGGGCGUCACCGCGGCGACCGACGUCCCCGCCGCUUGCGGUGGGAUCCAGCGCAGCCCAGCGAUGACGUCGCUUCCGGGGGGGCGGGGGGGGGGGGUCAUCGCACUGUACUCAUCCCGAGGCCUGGGCCUUUCGGCCGGGGCGGGCUGAAUGCUCCUUUGGGAGGUGGUCGGUGUUGCUCCGGCCGCGCUCACAGCACCACUACUCACUCUGCUCCACUUCCCCUCCAGCUCACCGGUUUAAUCCAGCAGGGCGGAGCUGUCAUGGGAACCGGCUCCCUUCGGAACGACACUAACAUCCGCCCCCAGCCGAGCAGCUAUACACAAUUACAGCAAGCACUUAGCGUUAUGCAAAAAAAACCCUGUUCUGAAGGGGAAAGAGUCAGCCGAUCUUUAACUUCUACAGCGCAAAGUGCAUUUCAUUCACACUCGAGAUGUAACCGGAUCCCUUGUCUUGUUCUCUUGUGAAAAUGAGUACUGGACUUAUAUGGAAGCUUGUUAAGCAGAGGGACAUGGCGGGUGUUUCUGUGGGGGGGGUUUGAACAUGGGCCACCUGUGCACCCUCUGCUUCAGGCUUAUGGAUCAGACACGGCGAGGCUCCUGUAGGAGAGAGCGGCUCCUGCUGGUCAGUGUUAAAAGUGCACUUACUUCCAGGUCUCUUCACACCUGGACUGCAACUGGUUGCAGGACGCAACCGGGAAAUUUGUACCAAGGGAAUUUGUACUACUUGUCCUGUUCUGCAAGUAAUGUCAGGUAUUCAAGGAGACAUUUCGUUUUUACAUUUCGCACAGCAUGGAGUCAAGACCUGGCACCCCAAAUUGUAAUAUUUUAUAGCAUUGGUUUUGUAUAAUAUUUAUGGUUCCUUUCGAUACCUUUCUAACUGACCAGAAUAGCGCUACAGAUGUUGAGCAGAAUUAUAUUUGUAUUUUCUUUUUAAAUAUGAAAGUAUUAUAAGCGUUCCUAUCAUUGGAAAGAAAUGUGUACAUAUCAUUAGUAUUUUUGUAUUUAUUAUUUUCUCAGAGCUAAACAGCAUUUAGGAAUUUUGUCCUGUUCCCCCCCCCCCCGCCACAGUCGCAUGAAAUGUGGGUUAGUGAGGGGCAUGGCAUCACCUUGCUUGUGGUUUUCCUGCCUUUAUCUCGCUCUUCCCAGAACGGCCUGGUGUUGGAAGGGUGUUUGCCUUGGCAGGGCGUCCGACUGGAUGAGCCUUUUUGUUUUUCUUGAGCUCUUUGCCGCGAUGCUAAACCGUGAGCCCCACGCCCCGUUCUGAGGCACUUCCCCUUGCCCCAACGGGUCCGUGCCGACACCCAGCCCAGAGGUCCUUCUCUAGGCCCAAAAUGAACAUCUGCGUUUUCCGGCGUGCCUUGACUGAAGGAAAGUGACACCACAGCAGUAGUGUGGUGAGAUUGACCGCCUGUGUCCCUCAGGCCUGUUGCUCAGGAGCUGGUCUGAGCUCAUUUAAGCUAUUGAAGUAAAUAGGAAACGGAGCACUCAAUUUGGGGACCGUCUUUAAUUUACAUGGCGCGGCACGCUCGGGCCUUGUCUUCCCUGUGCAAAUGCAAUGCCCGAGUAUUCGCCAAAUUUCCAAGAAGGCUUCAGCAAAGCGGCUCCCCCGCCGCCUAAUGAGACCUUGACAGAUGCACUGGAUGUCCGUGCAGUGAUAGAUGAUGUCAUUAAUAUCCACUUUCAAAAAAAAAAAAAACACAGAGGCUGCAGUGCGACACUGUCGGAGCUGUGAACAGUUGUCUUCAUUAUUGCCCCGAUGCCAAGCGGCGAACGCAAACCCGGGUUUUAGCGGCCGGCGCCGUCGCGCUGAACGACCCAGUCAGAUUACUCGCUCGUAUGCACUUUCUCCAACAUCAGGAACUUUGUCUGCACUUAAUUAUGUAUAUUAGCUUUAAAAUAUGUAGGCCAUUAAAAAAAGAUUGCCUGCUGAUGGUAAUACCAGCUUUUCCCCCAUAAAUCUUGGAGCUGCAUUUAUGUUUCAGUGGCUGGGGAUACGCAGUAGCACUCGCCCACAUUGUUGCUACAGUGUGUCUUGCUGGUGACUCUUUAUUUUUGUUUGAUUCCUUCCUUUACCAUCAUUGCUUCCUGCCCCUGUACUGGACACAGUUCUUCCUCAGUUCUUAUCCCACCCACCCCCACCCCCACCCACCCCUCAGCAUUGUGGAGCUCAGGUCAUUGGGGAUGUGUUCAAAGGGGUGUGGAUUGCUGUUGUCUGGAGAGCUGAGCACUUCCACAUCCUCUGUAAUCCAAGCAGAGGUUGAUUCAGGGUUUUUUUCAUAUGGACUGCCUGGGAGGGUUCAGCUGUAGCCAUGGAAGAGUAAAGCUUCAUGAGCCCAUUACGUGUAAAUCGCUUGUCUGUACUCCGCGGAGUAAUCCCAUAGGAGCUGGUGGGAGACUUGUAGAAAGCCUUUUGAUUGGUUCAUACUACAAAACCCUGUAAUUGGUUCAAAUCAGUGAGUCACCGAGAGCACAUUGCAGCACUGGAAUAAUAUAUCAUUGAUAUCAGAGUCACUACAUGUUGCCUUAGGGUGAGGAUUCUGUCUGCAGUGCUCUUAAGGUGACGUCUGCCAUUUUACAUUGUCGUGGAAGAGUCUUCAU